AUGUGGACUGAGCUAAGCUCCACCAUAACUGCUCUAUCGGUUGCCUGGUUCAUGUUUGAUAAAUAUUUCCCUUAUCAACUUCGUCCCUAUCUUGAAAGAUAUUUUCAGAAGUUUGUGACUUUUGUGAGCCCUUACAUCGAAAUUACCUUCCAUGAAUUCACAGGCGAACGUCUCAAGCGGAGCGAUGCCUACUUUGCCAUUCAAAACUACCUAAGCACCAACUCUACCAAGAAUGCUAAAAAACUCAAGGCUGAUGUUGUCAAAGACAGCCAAUCUGUAGUCCUCAGCAUGGAUGAUUAUGAGGAAGUUACGGAUGUUUUCAAUGGGGCGAAGGUCUGGUGGGCUUCAAGAAAAAAAUCCACUCCAUCGAAAGUCAUUUCUUUCUAUCCUGGCACUGAAGAGAAGAGGUAUUACAAGCUCACUUUCCAUAGACGUAAUCGGGAAAUCAUCAAGUCCUAUAUAGAACAUGUCCUAAAACAAGGAAAGGAAAUUGCAGUGAAGGGCAGACAGAGGAUGCUGUACACCAACAAUCCUAGCAAGAAUUGGUACGGGUGGAAUUCUACCAAGUGGGGCAGUAUCGUGUUUGAGCAUCCUGCCACUUUCGAUACUUUGGCAAUGGGAACAAAGAUGAAAGAAGAGAUCAAGAAGGAGCUUAUCAAGUUCAGCAAAGGGAAAGACUAUUAUGCAAAAAUUGGGAAGGCAUGGAAGCGUGGUUAUCUCCUUCAUGGUCCUCCAGGAACCGGCAAAUCGACGAUGAUUGCUGCCAUGGCUAAUUUAUUGGAUUACGAUAUUUAUGAUAUUGAGUUGACGACCAUUAAGGACAACAGCGAGCUGCGGAAGCUACUUAUUGAAACGAAAGGGAAGUCUAUUAUUGUGAUCGAGGAUAUUGAUUGCUCGAUUGAUCUUACAGGUCAGAGAAAGAAAAAGGAGGAGAAAGAUGACGAUGAAGCAGACAAAGAGAAGGAUCCAAUUUCUAAGAAGAAAAAGGAGGCUGAAGAAGAAAGCAAAAGCAAGAGCAAGGUUACUUUAUCUGGGCUUUUGAACGUUAUUGAUGGAAUUUGGUCAGCUUGUGGUGGAGAAAGAAUUAUUAUAUUCACUACCAAUUAUGUGGACAAACUCGAUCCUGCUUUAAUUAGGAGGGGAAGGAUGGAUAGGCAUAUAGAAAUGUCAUAUUGCUGCUUUGAAGCAUUCAAGGUGCUAGCCAAGAAUUAUCUGGAAAUUGAAUCGCAUGAAUUAUUUGGAAAAAUUGAAGAGUUGUUUGGGGAGACGAAGAUAUCCCCAGCUGACGUUGCUGAGAAUUUGAUGCCAAAGUCGGACGAAGAAGAUGAGGAGACUUGUUUGAAGAAUUUGAUUGAAGCUCUUGAGGUUUCAAAGGAGGAAGCUAAAAAAAGUCAGAAGAAGAAGCAACGCUCAAGGCUGAGAAAGCAGACAAAGAGAAUGGCGAAGCAUGCUCAAAAGAAGCAAAAGAGAAUGGUGUAA